AUCAUAGAGGCCUCAGAGAGGCAGGAUAAUUCUGCAGAGCAGGAUGAUUUUGCAACUCCUGAAAUUUCAGCCAUAAAUCUUGAGACUAGCGAAAAAAUCUUGCCUGAAGAAAAUACAUCCUUAUCAGCCGAUUUUGAAGAUUAUAUAAAAAUGCUUACAGGGAGUUUUGUCAAUAAGACUGCUAAUUGGAGACCAUACGAGAAUGAAGCUAGGGAAAUUUUUGAUAAAAUUAAGGCAGAAAAAAGAUUUAACUUAGAAGAAAUGUGUCUUCAUAUAGCAAUGGAAAUUCGUGAAUUAGGUGGGAAUAUUAAGAAAGUUACGGUUCAAGGGUUUUAUGAGAGAAAUAUCAAGAAGAAGGAUAGUUACAUUAGUACCUUAGAUGAUAUUGGUUUAUGA